GUAUACUGAUAUACGACCAUAUGAUGACCCUACCAGAAGAAAUCGCUUUUAUUUGGCGUCGUCCGAAAGCACUGUUUGCAAUAUUAUUUCUGCUCAAUCGCUAUAUCGCUCUCCUCGGCAAUAUCUGUGGCUUGGUUAUGGAUUUUGUGCCUGUUUCAGAUGAGGUUCUACAAUUUCGUUAUGCAUGUACUCAACGUUUGGCAUGCUUACAACUUGUUGCUGUAGAGCUGUUCGAAAUAUGCGCUAUAUAGACAACUGGCCAUUUUCCUCCAAACAGCGAUUGUUUGCAUCAUAAUGACCAUUCGCACUUAUGCACUCUACAAUUGCAGCAACCGCCUGCUUAUUUGGAUGGCAAUCGUCAUGAUUGCUCUUGCAGGAUUGGCUUGUGCGGGCACUUUUGGUCAAUUUUCAGGCGAUGUGGAAAUCGUGCCA